AUGUUUUCUCGGAAACGUAAUACAAAAGUCUUUACCUUUACUGUUGAAAUACGUGAGAUUACUGGUCUUGACAAAGUGAACAACCGAGUAGUGUUUAUGAAGUGGUGGCGUGGGUCGAAGAAGAAGAGUGGGACGUUGAAGAUGGUGUUAGUGAAUGAAGGCUGUGCAAACAUCAACUCACGGUUUGUGUUUGACACUCGACUUCUCCAAAAUGGUGAUUCAUUCAAGAAGAAAGAAUUAAUUCUCUCGUUAGUAGCCUCACAGUGUAAAAUAGCGAAGGAAGAGGUGAUCGCACGAGUCCGAAUCAAUUUGGCCGAGUAUUGCAGAUUUGAGGAAAAAUUGUUUAAGUGUAAUUUCGACGAUGGUCCGCUGCGAUAUUCCGAGGCAAUCAUAUCGAUUUUCUGUGCCGAGAAGAACUCGUCGGUGUCGUCGCCGUACAGUAUAGUUGUGAGUGAGGGUGCUUCUGCCGCGAUUGAGAAGCGAAUUGGGACUUCACAUGUUUCGAUGCAAUCAGAAACGUCGCAAGAGACUUCCUUUCGCGAAGACACCAAUUCGAUAGGUGAAUUAAUGCGGAGACUUGAUGACUUAAAAGAUCAGUUUGAAGCCAACGAGAAGGCUUUAGACGAGUUGGAUCAACAAAUCACAACAUUAAAAGUUGAAAAAGACGAAUUAGAGAAAGAGGGGCCAUCAGUGACGAACUCGGAGUUCCAGUCCCAAGCGGAUUACUUAUUCCUCAUUGAUGGAGUGAUGUUAAAUAAUGACAUGUCCUUUGAUGGGAAUAACUCGACGAUGUCAAAUAUCAUUUGUUCGCAUAUUGAAAACGACGAGUUGUUUAUAGAACCCGACUUACACGUGUUAGCACGACUGUUUGAAAUUAUUAACGGCAUCAUCCACUUGUCUGGAGGGUGUCCGAAGAGAUUGUGUUUUUGGCUGUCGACGGUGUUGCGUGUGUAUGCGUGGACUUGUAUGAGUAAAACGCGACUUACAAUGGACCAAACGAUAUUCGACAAAUUCCGCGCGAUCAUGGAGAAGUGUGUGUCGGGGAUAUUAACUGCUCUGACGGACUUCUCGAAUGCAAAAACAACACUUUUUGAGGAUCUCUUCUUUAAUGUCAAAUCGAAAAAUAAGUCUGAGGCCGUGUUAAACCCCGUGACCACUGUUUUGAAGUGUAUGAAAGAGAUGAAAGUCGACGAACUGUUUGUGAAAGAGUACGUCAACCUCUUCUUUUCUUUUUUGGACAAACAACUCUUUGUUUAUUUACUCAGAACGUGUCCAAAAAUCACACAAGACAUGGUGAUGAAUGUCGUCAUCAAAAUGGAAGAAACAAAUCGGCUUAUACUCGGGUCAAAUGAUAUGAAGCGAUUCGAAUACGUCAGCAAAGUCGUCAAAAUUAUCCCACUCAACAUCGACUCCUUCCAACCCGCUGAAUUAUUCGCACAAGGAAAUCCUUUAAUUCUCCCACACUCAAUGGUAGAUUUGGUCAAAAAAAUCUACCCACAACCCAAGAAGGCAACGAUGACAAAAUUGGUCGCUGCUCUCCCUCCAGUAAGAAAAGUUACUGUAGUCGACCCAUAUGCACAGGUCUCUUUAGGUACCGCAAUCUUUCAAAAUUUCAUCUUCAAACAAAAUUGA